AAGGUCACCAUCAGCUACUAUGAUUCCAAAUUGAGAGAUUUUGACCCUACCACGGUACAGGUAUUUUCAAGCCGCGACCACCACCUGUAUCACCAGCACCAGCAGGAGAAACUAAAUACUAAUCUUCGAGAGACCAUCAUCAUUCUACUUUUGUUAGAAGUAAAUCGUCAGUCGUAUUAAUACACGUACGGCAAUUUUGUGAACACUUACGGGACAUACACAACACUUUUAAUUGACAAUUCCCCUCCACGUCAUACUCAAAAGAGAGAGAAUGUCUUUACUAGCAAUUUAGUAAUUUGCGUUAUUCGCAGUUACUUUAACUUGACGACCUACGCGAAUCUUUAGAUGUCUUUUUUACCGGCCAGAGUGUUUUGUUAUCAAUGGAAACAAAACCCAUGGAUUUAACAAUGUUAAUCCUCCGUUACAUCCGGAAGUAUAUUUAACGAAGUAUUCGAUUGAUUGGAUAACAUUAUACCUAUUAUCCAUCAAUGAUGGGAACACUAGGUAUGUCGCGAAUUAAGUGUUUUUUUGUUGGGAUAUUUUUCGAGUGCAGAUCAUCAAACAUAUUAUAACCAUUUAGUUUACGUGAAAUGGUGUCCGCCUCAGAAAAUCACACGUUCUAUGGGAUGGACAACUACGGCUUACAAGAUUCCAGCUGCAACUCGAAAAGAUUGGGUAGGUCCGUUAGCGUCAAUGUAGACGCUACAAAUCUACACCUCUAUCGGACUCCUACUUCCAACACUAUCCUGCGUUGGAAAAAGGUUAUAGACGAUUCAGAAAACAUUUUCGAAGAAGAGCUUCCCUCAGAUGACUUCGAAUACAUGGAAUGUGGUCCUUCACCUCCUGCUGACCACACACCGCACAUCUACGAGAGCUUCGAAGAGUUUUCUACCAGUGCCGAUCUAACCGUUCAAAUAUGUCACGAUACCAUCAAGACCAAUCUUUUAGAGCACAUGAAAGUAUCUUCCGGCCGGCAUCAGCUUUUAGAUGAUAUAGAAAGUAAAAAAAUACAGAAGGAUAAUUUACAAGAUCACUUUAAAGGUGCUUCCAAGGUAGAGAUUAACACCGCAUUCUUAUGGGCUGCUUUUAUGAAAAGACAUGAUUUACUAGAUGGUUUUCUUAAUUUAGGAGCUGACUUGCACUACUUUGAACCGAGUCAAGGACUGAGUGCAAUACAUUUGACCUCGUUUAGUGGAUGUGUUCAAGGAACCAAAUUUCUUAUAGCCAAAAGCUGUGAUGUUAAUUCGCUGUAUAAGUGCUAUAGUCCUUUACAUUGUGCUGCAUUUGGUGAUAGUCCAGAGACAGCUUUAAUACUACUCAACAAUGAUGCUAAUGUCCAAACUCUUACCAACAGCCCACACAGCUCCCACGAAAGUGUCUUACAUUGUGCUGUGCGAGCUAACGCUAUAGCUUGCGUUAAGCUAUUUACCCAAGAAGGUGCUGACGUUGCCCAAAGUGAAAUCUCAGGUUUUUCCCCAGUUCAUCUAGCAGCUGAUUUGGGCCAUCCACAGUGCUUAAAAAUAUUGCUGGAACCAAAAAAAUUCAAAGUAAAUACAAAAACGAAAGAUAAGGAACAAACACCUCUACAUUUAGCAGCUGAAAGUGGUUAUGUUGAUUGUAUAGAGAUUCUUCUCGAUAAUGGUGCGGAUGCGAAUAUCAGAAACCAUAGACAACAAUCCCCCUUACAUCUGGCAGCUAGAGCUCAGGCUUAUGACUGUGUUGAGAUGCUCCUUAGAAAAGGAAAUUCAAAUCCUAACAUGGGAGACUGUGAUAAGAGAACACCUCUACAUUGCGCUGUGGGCAAGGCAGCCCGAUCUUACGACAUAAUAGAAAUUUUAGUGAAUUAUGGUGCAGACAUUAAUACUAAAGACCAGUAUGGAUACGCACCUUUACAUAUAGCAGCUCUAAAUGAAUUGUCACAGUGUGUAGAAGUUUUAGUAUAUCAUGGUGCUGAUGUUACAGCUAAAUCAAAAUUUGGUAUGACUGCAUUGGGUAUAAUCACACGGAAAACGCCAGCUUCUCUAGCAAUGAUUACUCAAAAAUUAGAUUCAGCUAUAACUUUACACCAUCAUCCUGAGUCAUCUAACAGAGAAGUAGAACUGCGUCUGGAUUUUAGAGGGAUAUUACAAUAUUGCCACCCUAGAGAAAUAAGCUUCUUGAAUACGUUUGUAGAUGAAGGGCAAAAAGAAAUUCUGUUGCAUCCGUUAUGUUCUGCUUUUCUCUACCUAAAAUGGGAAAAAAUUAGAAAGUAUUACAUAGCAAGAAUGUUGUUUUGUUUUAUAUUUGUGUUAAGUUUAUCGUUAUAUGUAUUAACAGCUCUGGCGCAUAACUGUUAUAACCAUGGUAAGAAUAUGAAUGAUACUCAACCGCAAAAUGUCAUAGAACUUUGUGAAAAGAAAUCAAUGAUGGGCCAUAUGCUUCGGAACAACCCGUUUGUUAUAGAGAUGCAAUGGUUUGUGCUAGUUGGUAUUACAGGUUGCGAAAUACUUAGGAAACUCUACGGAUUGGCAGGAUACCCAUCGGUAAGGCAAUAUCUUUCACACCCUGAAAAUAUCAUAGAAUGGACAGUUAUAGCAAGUGUUUUUGUCAUCUCUUUCAUUUAUACUGGUCGUACCUAUACCUGGCAGAAUCAUGUAGGUGCUUUCGCUGUACUCUUUGGUUGGACUAAUUUGAUGUUAAUGGUUGGGCAGCUUCCAGUUUUUGGAUCAUACGUUGCAAUGUACACGAGAGUGCAAGGCGAAUUUGCAAAAUUACUCUUAGCUUACUCAUGUCUACUUAUAGGGUUUACCAUAAGCUUCUGUGUUAUGUUUCCAGACUCAUCAACUUUUGCUAACCCCUUCAUUGGUCUAAUUACUGUCAUGGUAAUGAUGACUGGUGAAUUAAGCUUAGAUCUUUUGGUUGAUGAUGAUCCGGAAGAUCCACCAUUUUUAUUAGAAGUUAGUGCUCAAGUGACAUAUAUUUUAUUUUUAUUAUUCGUAACUGUAAUUUUAAUGAAUCUACUUGUAGGUAUAGCUGUACAUGAUAUUCAAGGUUUGCAGAAAACUGCUGGAUUGUCAAAAUUAGUUAGACAGACUAAAUUGAUUUCAUAUAUGGAGCUUGCUCUGUUCAAUGGUUAUUUACCUCAAUACUUGCUAAAUUUAUUACACUGGACUGCUUUGGUUUCACCGAAAGCGUACAGGGUGGUUUUAAAUGUGAAACCUCUGAAUCCUCGGGAAAAAAGGUUGCCGAAAGAUAUAUUAAAAGCAGCACAUGACAUUGCCAAACAGCGUAAAAACUAUGGGCAUACCAUUUCGUCUAGAGCAAGCGAAAUGGCUUAUUCAAAAAAAGUUGUCAAUAACAACCUCGAUCAAAAUUCUGAAAUUAUGGAUUGUAAUACAGCGUUGCCACUUUUACAUAGUAAGAUUGAAAAAAAUAGUGAGCAAGUUGAACAUUUAAGCAAAGAAAUUAGAGAACUAAAGAGUGUCAUUGAAUCAAAUCAGAGGCUCGUCGAGCAAUUAUUAAAUACUAUUUUACAAAAUAGAAAAAAUAGUAAAUGUUAACUUUAAAUUUAAACUGUUCCAAGAAAUUAAUGGAUCAAAUGGUUAUUUUAAUUCUUUUGUUUUAUUUAUUUGUUUUGGUACAACUGUAUUACGUAUUUUAUAGGUCUUACAUCUUUUUAUAAUAAAUUUUAUAUGUACCGUUUGCCUUUCUAUAAGUUUUUAUUAUAACACUAAAAGCAAAAGAAUUAUAGAUUACUAACAGCUACUUCACGAACAUUUUUGUGCAUAUUGAACAUGACAUGUUGUUUUUCAAAUUUUUCCAUUUCUGAACAUUGAUCGGCCAUCCACUUUUCUUUAGCCGCUUGUAUUUUUGUUUUAUUUCUCUUUGUUGCUUCUAUAUUAUGUAGCCUGUCUUGUACUUGUAUUGCCUUCUUUGUUCCAUAAGGUCUAGUAUUUCUGUUGUGCAUUGUUAUUUAUUGAAUAUAUUAGUUACAAACAUAUUGUAGUAUCUUUGUUAUAUGUCCACUAUGGUCCACGAAAUAAUUUUCAUGUUAUUUCAACAUUUUCUGAUUUUCUCCUUUUUUUUUUCGAUUUUACUUUUUCUAAAAUUUGUCCAUGUGUUGACAAAUUGUAAGUAAUCUGUUCAUUUCAUGUGUAAAAGUUUAUCCUACUAUAAAGUUUUAAAUUCAAUUAAAAAAUUAAAAUUUAAUUUGAACACAAUAAUUAUUUUUUUGUUGGUAAUUUUAUUUAAAAACAUAUUCCUCAUAUUGUUCUUGAAAGUUGAAGCAAUAAAACAAAAUAACCUAUGUACAUAGGUACUCGUAAAUACAAACAUAAUAUCCACUUGGUACCGUUGUUUCUUGAAGCAGUAUGUAUAAAAUAGCUAAGAGGGACAUAUUUUUGAAAAGUUUUUGUGAUGUGUCACCGAAUAAUAAAUAUUUGUUGAGAUAAAAUCAGUAAAGUGAACAGCUGCUUAAAAAUACCAUUGUUAAAUUAGUAAUCAAAACAAAAAGUUACCUAUAAACUUUUGAAUGCACAAUUAGCAUAUAUUAUAAUCCUUAAAAGUAUAUUUAUCAAUUUAAAUACAUUUAGUUCCUUGUUAUUUACAUUUAAAUGUUGUCGAUAUUUAUGAUUGUUAAAAAAAACUUAAUAUUGUUAUGAUACUUUUCUGUUUGUGCUGUUGAUAUGGUACGUUCUAUUGCUGUUCUGUUAGUAAUUUUUAGAUAAAGAAUAUAACUGAAAAUUAAAAAAAGUUAUAUCAAAAAAUUUUUUUAAUAUCACGUAAAGAACUAUAUAUAAGUAUGAAGUCAAUACUCUCAUAACAUUUUCUAUUAUCAACUAUAUACCUAUCGUUAUUUAAGGAUUUCUAAAAAGCUUUAAUGCAAAAUAUAACAGUAUUAAAGUAUUUCUGAAACAAUAAAACAAAAACAAUAGAAACUUACAUCAUCAUCAACCAUCCUGCUACAUCCACUUGUCUGCAUAAGCCUCCUUGUCUGUUCUGAGUGUAUGUUCUUAGCUCCUGAGAUCCAAUUGUUGUCAAACUUUUUCCAUUAUCUCUCUAACAUGUAAGUGUUGGUCCGCAUCUCCUUAUUUUAUUUGUUACCACUUCCGGUUGUAUUGGCAUUUUACUGACAAUCAUCACCUUUAUCAUUGUGAUGCUUAUCUUUAGUUCAUAAUCUUCACUCGUUGUGGUAAUCCUAUUAAUCAAAUGUAUAAGUUCAGAAGUUGAUAUCUUUAUCACUAUCUUUACCCUAUCUACCGCUGCUUUGAAGAGUUCUAUGGAACUGCAUUCAAACCAGUCCCUUAAAUUUUUUAACCAUGAUACUUUCCUUCUUUCUCUUAUCAUUCCUUAUCUUAUCUUUCUUUGUCUUGUUAAUCUUAGCAUUUAUGUCGCCUCAAUACGUGUCCCAGAUAUUGUAACUUUCUUGUUUCAUCCAUGUACCUUAAAUUGUCAAUAUGGACGCCAUUAAUUCUGAUACCACAGUGACCACUAUCCAAUACUUUAUUGAAAACGAACUCCGAAUAGAUGUUAAAUAUUAGUGGCGACAAAAUUCAGCCCUCUUUUACCCCUCUUCGUAUUUGAAGCUUUUCAGAAUUAUACCGGCCAAUCCUGAUAUUUUAUGCCAGUAAAGAUUUUUAAUGAUGCGUAGAAUCUUGUCAUCAAUACCUACCUGCUGAAGAAUUGCUAUUAUUUCAGUAUGUUUUUCUCUAUCAAACGCCUUCUAAAAGUAAAUAAAACACAUAUAAGCUGGAUGGCCGACAUGUCUGCACCUCUGUACCAAAACCUGAAUAUUAAAUAGUCCUUCUCUGCAUGAUUCCAAAUUUAGUCUGGAAUCCAAACACUGUGUAGCUAUCAUAGUUGUUCUUCAAUGGUUUGGUACAUCCUUGACUGCAAAAUUCGAAGAAAUAUUUUUAAAACAUGGCUCAUCAAGCUGAUGGCUCAGGAGUCACUACAUCUUUUCGCAUUUGCUGUUUUACGUAUCAUCACAAAAGUCGACAACAGCCAAUCCAUUGGUAUACAUCCAGUUUCAUAAAUUCUAUUAAAAAGAUGAAGGAGAGAUCUUUUAGCUGAACUUUCGAGCUUUAUUACUUCACUCCAUAUUUCAUCCGGCCCUUUCACUCGCUUUUCCGGUUUUUGUUAAUGUUAUUCAGUGAUAUGGACGAGAUCAUAGGUAUCUAUAUCUCUGAUCAUUAGAGCCUGGAUUAUAUGCAAAAUGCAUGUGAAUAUUACAUGCAGCAUAUUUGUGGGUUGCUUUAUAAAUGCAUAUUAUAAAAGGUACAAGCGACGCGAUAGGUAACGAAUCAUUACAUAAAUAUAUUGGCUAACCGAACACUUAUAUGUAAUGUUACUAAUAAUAGCUAAUCUCAGGGUUUAGGGUUGAUUCUAAUGAAAAUCACGAUAAGGGAUCAAUCGUUGUAUUCCGUCUUUACCAUACAAAAUCUGAACGCUAACUGACUAAGAACAGAAACUAAUAAUAUUGUCUGUUUUUCUAUUCACAUCUGCAAACCUUAAAAUAUAAACACAACGGUCAUAAGACCACACAUAUUAGGGCAUUAGAGCGACUUAAGUACCGGUUCCCGGAACGGCACGUGUGGCUGGUUGACCAGACGCAUUCCUUACAUAGACGCCGCACAAGGGGCUGGUUUGUUACAAUAUGCUAUUCAUAUUUACUUGAUUAAGAGCAUAUUGCGGCAUAUUUUGAUGUAUUGGAAAAUAUUACAUAACUAAAGUAAUUUUCUAUACAUGUUUAGAUAAUCUUCUUCUUUAACUGCCAUCUCCACGACGGAGGUCGGCAAUCAUCAUAGCUAUUCGGAUUUUAGAGACGGCUGCUCUGAAAAGUUCAUUUGAUGUACAUACGUACCAUUCUCUCUGGUUGCGCAGCACGAUAUUUUGCGUCUCCCUAUGCUUCUUUUUCCUUGAAUCUUUCCCUGCCUAAUCAAUUGGAGCAAGUUGUAUCUCUCUCCACGUGUAAUAUGUCCGAGCUAUUCCAAUUUUCUUGUUUUAAUGGUAUUUAAGGUUUCCAUUUUUUUAUUCAUCUUUCUCAGAACCUCUUUGCUUGUGACGUGUUCUGUCCACGAUAUUUUCAGAAUUCUUCUGUACACCCACAGCUCGAAUGAUUCUCGUUUUUUCAUUGAUGCAGUAUUCAAGGUCCAAGCUUCCAUUCCAUAAAACAAAGGCGAGAAAACGUAUCACCUAGCCAACCUAACUUUUAGCUCCAACUUCAAAUCUCUUGUGCAGAGCUCUUUUCUCAUUUUGUUAAAAUUUACUCUAGCCUUUUCUAUUCUGAUUUUGAUUUCCUGUAAGUAAUCUCCUGUGGAGUUGAUCAUUGUUCCAAGGUAUGCAUAUUGGUCGACUCGUUCGAUAUUGGAUCCGUUUAUGAGUAAUUAUUAGACCGUAUUCUUGUCCAAACUCCGCUAUUCUGGUCACCAGCCUCUGAAGGUCCCCAAUAUUUUCAGCUAAGAUGACAGUGUCAUCCGUAUAUCUAAUGUUUUUAAUGGGAAUAAUCCUAUAAAGGUGGCCUAGCCACCGCAGACUGUUUAUUUUGAUGAACCUACCAAUGCUAGGGUCACCAUAAAGGCGGUAAAGCUCAAAAUUACGGCGUCUACGCCAUAAUCCGUUUUCCUGCAUGCCUUUAUCAAUCCCGCAGUUCUUAUUUUAUCAAUGUAUAUUUCUUUCGUAACCAGAAAAAUAAUCUGCACAACCAUGGUGACAAUAGUACAAUAAAUGUUUGUUUAACUUUUGCAGAAUUUGAUUGUUUCCAUUAUACUCCACCUACGAUUUUUUACUAAUUCUCACGUAACCUUUGACCUCACAAAUAUAUCACUCCUGAUAUUUAAACGUCAUGGAAUAUAGUAUGUAUUAUAUUUUGCCUUUAUAGACUAAUUAUUACACUGGUAAAAAUAAAAAUAAACAUGCACUGAUUGCCCUUGGUGUAUAAAUAACCAUAAUGAAGUGACUUCCGUUAUGACUUAUGAAAUAAGAAGAUGGCGAUGUUGUGUCACGAAUCUCUACCAUUUUUAAGUGAAUCUGGUUUUUUAAUUAUUAUGUGAUUAUUUUACGUUAACUUUUUCUUAACUUUUAGUAAUCAAUUUAGAAUCUGUAUGGGAUAAAUAGUUAAAAUAACAGUGUACAGGCUGUUCGCAAAUUGUCCACGAAAACUAUUUUUUUAUUAUACAGAUUUAGCCAUACGGCUCACACUUCCUCUACGGAGAAAAUUAACUCAAACCAGAUACCACCGGUAUCAAAAGGAUUGAGCUCUGGUGGGACUCUUUCCGUGUUAUCGAGUCCAAUGUGACUUGGUAUGGAAGCUAGUACCUACAGCUUUCUGCAUGGUCUUGUAAAGAUGUUCAUUUAGACGCAGCUUUUUUAUGGUUUCGAGGAGGCUCUUCGGAAUGACCCCAGUGGUAGACAUAAUAAUAGGUAUCGUCUGGGUACUUUGCAUUCUUCAUUGUCUUCGUAUUUGAAUUUCCAGAUCUCUGUUCUUGGCGAUCUUUUCAGUAAAUUUAGUACGUAGAUUAUUGUUGCUAGGCAUCGCCACAUCAAUUAGUGUUGUUUGUCUUGUUAAUUUACUAACUACUACGAGAUCUGGUCUAUUAUAGCCACGGUUUGAUCUUUUUAUAAUUAAUACUUAAUAAUUUAAUAUUAAGAUAUAACUAGUCUAUAUUAUCCUCAUUACAUAAUAUGAUUUGACAGUUUUUUACGUUUUUCUUUUCUACUGUAAUCUGAUUUAGUAGUAUUGAAGCUAAACUGAUUAUAAUCGUGUAGAAUUCAACUUACAUAGGUGACAUCAAACUUUAACAUCCUCAUAUAAUAGUUGUUAAACAACAACACAAAGGUUUUUUAAGAAGUUUAAGUUCUGUAUUCUUUAUAAUAAAACAAAUGUUAAUAUUCAAAGCUGUAACACAUCAAAGUACUGUUAUUUAACGAAAGUAUUUCAAAAAUAUGUCUCCACAAUAACAAAUUUCAAUAUUGUAAAAGCGAAUAGUGUGUAGAAUUAUGACGUCUUUGAAAGUGUUUGAUCGUUAUGGCAUACAUCACUAUGUAUUUCAAAACGAUGAAAUAACCUUUCCUCAAAUAUACAAUCUUUAAUAUAACAAAUCAAUUUUGUUUAGUACCUACAUUAUAGAAACGUGUAACAGAAGCACAAUUAGAUUUUGGUAUAUAGCCUACCAAAUAUUGAUUGAACACAAAUGGCUAUAUUAUAUUAUUAUAUUUUCAUACCCUUCCUCUCUUUAUCUCCAAUGGCUCUAUAGCCCAAAUCGAGCUUUGGUCUCCUCCGAACUAUGCCUCCAACCUUGCCGGUCCUGCUAGGAUCCUCUCCAGGUUCUCAAUCUAGCUAAUUUUGCGCUUCCGCUGCCACUUCAUCCUCCCGCUUUUUCCGUGGCCUUAGUCUUGCGUCCUGUAUUUUACUAUCUAGGGCUCUUUUCGGCAAUCUUGCGGUCACCAUUCUGACUACAUGACCAGUCCAUCGGUCGAGUACAGCAUGCCAAGAUGAUCUAAAUACUAAAAGAAGCAGGAAUUAACAAUCAAUAUCGGAAAAUAAUUAGAAACCUUUACUGGAAUCAGACUGCAAACCUCAGAGUUGACGGUGAACUCACCGAAUAUGUCAAAAUCAUGCGUGGAGUGAGGCAAGGCUGCAUUUUGUCCCCCCUAAUUUUCAAUCUUUACUCUGAAAGAAUAUUUGUCGAAGCUUUGCACGAAACUGAAAAAGGUAUUCUACUAAACGGGUACCGGCUAAAUAACAUCAGGUAUACAGAUGACACCAUAGUAUUUGUGGACAAACUAGAAGACCAAUAAGUUCUCAUGAACAAAAUCACGUGUUGUCAACAAUAUGGACUCAAUAUAAACGUAAAGAAGACAAAGCUUAUGAUCAUUAGCAAGAAAAAGAUAACAGAAGGUCAACUCUACAUCACCCAAACCCCUUAACAAAGAGUGUGAGGCACUACAACUACCUCGGCACCAUAAUAAAUGAAGAAUGGAACAACAACCUAGAGAUAAGAGCGCGCAUCGGAGAAGCUAGAUAAACCUUCAACCGUAUGGGGGCCUUUUUCAAGAGCCACAACCUUUCUCUUGGUACAAAAGUAAGAAUGCUGAGAUGCUACGUCUUCUCUGUCCUUUUUUAUGAUGUUGAAUCAUGGACCUUGAACGAAGAUGUGUGCCGAAAAUUGGAAGCAUUUGAGAUGUGGCUGUAUCGGAGAAUUAUUAAAAUUCCAUGGACUGAUCGGGUCACAAAUGAGGAGGUCCUUAAAAGAAUGGGGAAGAAUCGGGAGGUACUAACCACUAUAAAAUCUUGAAAGUUGGAAUACUUUGGACACAUUAUGCGAAAUGAAUCCAGAUAUGCCCUCCUACAAUCCAUCCUGCAAUGAAAAAUAUUUGGAAAGCGAGGUCCAGGAGGAAGAACAUCCUGGUUAAAGAACCUCAGGACCUGGACCUAUAAAGUGAAUAUUGCCAUGAUGAUCGCCAGCAUUCGUCACGGAUAGGCAAAUCAAGAAGAAGAAGAAGAAGAAGAAGACCAGCCCAUUGAAGUUCCUGAGAUCGGUGUCUUUUUGAACAAUUGGUAAAGUUCAUAGAUGUUAUUGCAUCUCCAUACUCCGUUUUCGUUAAUAGGUCCAAAUAUCUUCCUUAAGACUUCCCUUCCAAAUACAUACGUCCAGCUUUCAUGGGCGAUUGAAAAAUAAGCUUUCCCUUUACUAUUCAUAUACAUUUUCAUGCGAUAUAGGUACGAUCGAAUCAUAUAAACGCACCCAAGUAAAACCAUGUACCACAAAAAUCGAAGUUUUUCUCGAUUCGACCAAACAUUCAAAUCCAUACCGUCCGAACGGAACAAGUAUUUAGUUUUCACUCUUGUAGGUUAAACUACGGUGCUUUAAGAGGAUGGGUACGUAUUUUCGGCUGCAAUGCUAUUCAAAUGGGUAUUCAUUUUUUUCGAAUCCUGAGAAAACUAAUAAGUAUUUUUGAAAAUUUAAACACAUAAUGAAAGAUUACGUUAUUAGCGAGGGCCGAAAGUCCCUGAGAACUUCUAUAAUGUUUAUUUUAAUAAGUUACAGGGGUGACAAACUAAGAGAAAAUUUAGUGUGAUAUUUAAUUUAAAAUAUCUCAUUCAAAAUAAAUUUUUAUUUAUUCUAAGGGACUCUCGGCCCUCGGUAAUAAUAUAGUCUUUCAUUCUGCGUUUAAAUUUUUCAAAAAUAUUUAUUGUUUUUUCAGGAUUCGAAAAAAAUGAACACAAUGUCCGUGGUAAUAUUUACAAAUCUCUCUUUGUCAUACAACGCAACGCACUCAGUCGAAUAGAAUAUUGUCAGAAACUUAGGAAGGUGCAAUCAUGAACAAAAAUAAUGACCCUAUGUGCUUGCUUUGCCAUCAAAUUUCUCGUUAAUGGUGGGUUUUUGAAAAAAAUUCUAGAACAAAAACUGGUUUUUGUUCAAUUCCCUAAAACUUCUUAUUCUACAUAUUUUUUUCAAAAACCCACCAUCAACCAGAAGUUCGAUGAUAGAGUAAGCACAGGGGGUAAUUUUUUGUUCAUGACUGUACAUAGGUUCAUAUGUAUUUAUAAAAAAAAUCUAAAAUUUGACAAAUUGUUAUCUUUAUUCGAUCUCUGCACUAAGACAAUGUUUUAAUAUACAUAUAGAUAUGUCGACAAGGAUUUCUUAACUAUCAGAAUUAAGUAUUUUAUUAUAUUUACAAAAUAUACUAUACCUAAACAACGGAAAUAACCGACUUUUACUUGAAAAAUACAAGAGGAUGGGUACGUAUUUUCGGCUGCAAUGCUAUUCAAAUUCAUUUUUUCGAAUCCUGAGAAAACUAAUAAAUAUUUUUGAAAAAUUUAAACACAGAAUUAAAGAUUACGUUAUUAGCGAGGGCCGAAAGUCCUUGAGAACUCAUAUAAUGUUUAUUUUAAUAAGUUACAGGGGUGAAAAACUACGAGAAAAUUUAGUGUGAUUUUUAAUUUCAAAUAUCUCAUUCAAAAUAAACUAUUUAUUUAUUUUAAGGGACUUUCGGCCCUCGGCAAUAAUUUAGUCUUUCUUUCUGCGUUUAAAUUUUCCAAAAAUAUUUAUUGGUUUUUUCAGGAUUCGAAAAAAAUGAACACAAUGUCCGUGGUAAUAUUUUCCAAAUCUAUCUUCGUCUUACAACGCACUCAGUCGAAUAGAAUAUUGUCAGUCAGACAUUGGCAAUCAGUGACAAUUUUAAAUAUUUGACAUGGCAUCGGGAAUAUUUUGAGUUGUUGAUUAAAUAAUAUUGAUAUAUAAUGUACUUGAUAAAUAAUUGAUUUAAGACGUGAACUUAAUAAAAAGUUAUUUAUUGUGUAUUAUUUGUGGAAGAUCCAAGCAGAGAAUACAUCAGGAUAAUAUAUUCUGUGAUCCAAGUAUUUUGUUGUUAAAGAUGUUCAAAAUUGUAAGCGUUCCAUAGUAACAAUAUAUUAUUAAAAAUCACUUUAACACUUUUCUUCUUUUCUCGAUUGAGUAUUAGUCUUUGUUGUACAUAUAAAUUAUUUCAAUCACUGAAUACAUAGUUAGUGAAAAAAUUAUCAGUAGUAAUUGCACAAGAGCUCUGAAAUUAUUGAAUUUUUCCCGAGUGACACUUUGACAGUUUUAAUUUCACGAGCCGAAGGCGAGUGAAAUUAUGUCAAAGUGUCACGAGAGCAAAAAUUCUAUAUUAAUUUCAGAGGUCGAGUGCAAUUUGUUGCGAUUAUUUCAUGAAUAAAACUGUUCAAAACCAAAAUUUUAUUGUAAUUUAUUUAUGUAAGUACCAUUAAACACACAGUUUUUAUAAAUAUUUGACGAUUGAAAGUCAUCACUUUUAUAAUUUUUAAAACAUUAAUUGUCAUUAAUGUCACUGAAUGUAUUUUUUCGUAGCAACGAAGGGCAUCUGACGUAAUAUACUUAACGACGGGAGAUUAUCAAAAAUUAUCGAUUUAAUUCAGAUUUCUGUAGCUUUCUAUUGGUCAGAAUCUCCUAUGAAUGAAAUAAUCACAUUUAUUAACUGAAUUAAUAAUUUGCAAUUAUAAAAAUAACAGUUAUCCAAGAACAUUAUCUCUUUAAAUUAGUGAUGACAUUUUCAAGUAGAAUGACAUUCUAGUAAUGUUUACAUAUCCAUACCAGUGUGAAUUUUACUACACGUAAUUUGCCGUGUAAACUGUAAAGACAGAAAAAGUAGGGAUACCCAUAAAAUAUUUGCGAAUUAUGUACCGAUGGCCUUAAGUUUAUUUUAUAAACAACUUUUGUUUCUUAUUGUGUCCCUUUUGUUUAGUAUUUUGUGGUUAUUUUUUUCGUGCCUAUGAGAAAGAGAUUAUUAAUUUAUGAUUAAUGUAUAUAUUAUAUAGGGCUUUUCAUCGAUUGUCAUUUGUUUCGAGCUUCUGUCAUGUGUCACAUAAUAUUACUAGAUCUACGUCAUACGUCUUUGGUUUGUAUCAUUGGUAUUACCAAUAACGUACGACGUAGAUAUAUUAAUAUUAUGUGACACAUGACAGAAGCUCGAAACAAAUGACUGUGAAUGAAAAGCCCUAUUGUCGUUUUCUGAUUCACGUAAAAUAAAUAGCCCAUUAGAAAAAUAUAUGAAAAAGUUUCGUUGUGUAUUUUUAUUCACUAAAUUCGAAAUUCGAAUUUGCUUUUGCGUCGGAAGUAACGGGAAUUAUGUAAAACGAAAAUGAUGUAUGAUAAACCUUGAGACAGUAAUUACAUAGAACAGGAGAUAUUAUAAAUUUAUUCAAAUGCAUUACAAAAUUACGGCAUUUACGCGAUUUUUCACUUGCAACUGCAUUUUUAGUAAAACAACUCUAUAAUGGCUGAAAUUAAAAGAUUAAAAUAUUUGUUAGUUUUUCGAAUUAUAAUCCUUUAAACAAUUCAAUUGUUUAUAACAGAUUUCUAUCACUUCCGACACAAAACCGAGUUUGAAAUUCGAAUUAAGGGAGUCAAAAUACAUAGUAAUACAAUUUGAAACCCCAUGGAUUUUAAUCCAGGGGAAAUUUGCCUUAGGGGGGACUUCCAAUGAAACAUCAACCAAAAGACAUUAAAAAGAUAAAGCCAAACUACAUAAAAGACGUAGGUAAAUAAUAACUUCUAUGCAAUAUUUUCCUCAAUUAUUUUCCUAACUAGCGUGUUUAUUGGGUUUAGUUUGUCUGUCUGUGGUUUAAGUUCCAUGUCAGCUAAUAUAUUUUGAUGUUUCAACCAUUUUUUUUCUUUAUUUUUUACCUUGUUAGGGGGAGAAGUUUCCUCUUUUUCCCUACCCUUAGAUCCGCCACUGCUUUAAUCGGCCACGAAACAUCUCUGAUCCUUGGCUCUUUGACUAAUAAUAUACCUACCUACAUUCUACAUACUAUAAUUUUUCAUCCUAAUCGCUUUAAUAAUAUAAAAUUGAAAAAAAAAUGACAAUUAUUUUAGUCUAAAAUUAUUAUAAGUACUCGUAUGUAUUAUAUUUCUGUGAAAAUAUGACUUAGGUGUAAUUUUUUAAUAAAAAGAUAUUGAAUUUUAGAAAAAAGGCCAUCUUGCCAUUGAAUGUGUGAUACUAGAUCUAGUUAUAAUGUUGAUUUUGAAUAAAUGGUAAAAGGA